AUGAGCGUAGCGACAGAAAAAAAGUCUAUUUACCACACAAACGAAAAGGCCCCAGAAUACGCCAGUGUUUCAAGACCUCAGUUUCAUGCCGGCUCGGUUUGCUUAACUGCUUAUUCACCGACGCAAGAUCAAAUAGUGCGCGAAGCGAAGUGUAUGGGUAAAACUAGUAGACAACCCACGAGACAGAGUGUGCCCAGCUUGGCAAGCCUUCUCAGAGUCAGCCCAUCCCCACUAGACCUACAUGCCGGACAUAAGGAAGCCUCGACUCCGGACUCAGAGCGCACAAUUUCCCGUCGCAGCUCCUUCUCCAAUACAGCCUCUCGCGACCAGAGCAUGAAGGCAAGAGCCAUAAAUUGGCCCACAGAGUUUCAACAGGAGGAACGAGCGGUUGAUUCACGGGCCCCUGCCUACCAGUACGUUAGCAGCCAGCGCCCAAAGCUGCCUACCCAUGGAAGAAAACACUCCUUGGAUUCUUUGAUGACUGCAGCGCAGACUUUGGAAAGAGAAGUUCAAAAGUCCAUGUUAUCGAUCGAGAACCUUGACCGAACGUACCAAGCCAAAAUACUAGGUAUUAUAGAACUUAAAAACGCAAUAUCAGGAAACCUUGAAAACUGGCCAAUUACGAAGGGCGCGCUACAUAUUGAUCGCCACCAGUCAUGUCUCGUCGAUUCAUUACCGCUUAGGAGCAUCGAGGAAAUGCUCCAAAGCUCAAAGAAGCUUGUCGCAGAGGUCACUGAUCUAUUGGCAAUCAAAACCCGGGCCACACCAUAUACUGAAACAGCAGCGCCAUCAAAUCAAAGCUACACUCAUCAGCCACAGCAACAGUUGAUUCUUCCCUCUCCCGCUGAAAUGCUGUCUUGUAGGCAGCUUGGCACCGAUCACCAUGCCUCAAGGAAGUUGAGCUUUUCCAAACAGCCGUUGAAAGCUUCAGCAACGAGGGUCGGAGACAAUAAAGUUUGGCACCAGUCACACAUGCCACAUUUUGACCAAGGCCUGAACUCAGAAAAAGGGGAGACGCAUAGUAGCAAAGAACACAGUACUCAUGACCAAAGACCGACUCAAACUGCGGUCCAUCUAACUUCGAAAAGCCCCCAGAGACUGAGGGACAAAGAACAACAAGCCUUUAGGAUAGAGAAGCCUGAGAGGCUCACAACGCAAAUCUUCGCCCUGACAAAGCCCUCCUUUGACAUCCCUCUGGAGAGCUGCAUGCCGAGAGAUUUGCCCGAAACGAUGGAAUGCGUUCACUGCUCAAGAAAAGACACGCCUGAAUGGCGCCGAGGCCCUUAUGGUAAUCGAACCGUAUGCAACGCAUGCGGACUAUUUUAUGGAAAGCUCGUCAGAAGGUUUGGGGCCCACAGAGCCAAUAUAAUGAUGCACUAUCGUAGACGCACCGCUCCUGAAGACAGGAGAGUGCCAAACGCAUUUUUCGUUCCAGAGUCAUUCUUGAAAGAAUUGCAUCAGGAUGUCACGUUCGAAGAAGUCCCUGUUAGGACUAGCCUCCUAUCACAUUAA